AUGGGUGUGAGAAAUGUAAUGAAAUGGUUGUCUGUGUUGCUUUUGACACUGAGCAUUGUACUGAAUUUGAGUGUGUUCAGUAAUGGAGAGAAUGUUGAUGGUUUUGGUGAUGAUCGAUAUGGUGGUCGAAGAGGCGGGGGAAGGUUUCGUGACGAUAACGACUGUCGUUGGGGACGCUGCAGAGGAGGAGGACGAUAUGGUCGUGGUGGAGGCCAAGGAGGAGGAUUAGGAGGUGGACGAGGGGGUGGUUUAGGAGGAGGUGGAGGUGCAGGUGGUGGUGGGGGAGGUGGUAUAGGUGGAGGAUCUGGGAGUGGAGGAGGAUUUGGAGCUGGUGGAGGGUUAGGAGGGGGUGGUAGUGCAGGAGGAGGUGGUAUUGGAGGAGGCGGUGGUGGUGGGUCAGGUGGUGGAGGUGGUAUUGGUGGUGGAUCUGGACAGGGUGGAGGUUUUGGAGGUGGAGUUGGAGGAGGAGCGGGUGGUGCUGGAGGAGGAGGUGGGGGAGGUGGUUCAGGUGGUGGAGGCGGUAUUGGUGGAGGGUCAGGCCACGGUAGUGGGUUUGGAGGUGGAGUUGGUGUAGGAGGAGGAGGUGCUGCAGGAGGAGGUAUUGGAGGAGGUGGUGGUGGUGGGUCAGGUGGUGGAGGUGGUAUUGGAGGAGGAUCAGGACACGGUAGUGGGUUUGGUGGUGGUGUGGGAGUAGGAGGAGGAGGUGCUGCUGGUGGUGGUGGUGGAGGAGGCGGUGGAGGCGGAGGUGGUCUUGGUGGAGGAUCAGGGCAUGGUAGUGGGUUUGGUGGUGGUGUGGGAGUAGGAGGAGGAGGCGCUGCUGGUGGUGGUGGCGGAGGAGGAGGAGGUGGUGGAGGCGGAGGUGGAGGAUCGGGUUCUGGAAGCGGUUUUGGCGCUGGUGGCGGCUUGGGAAGUGGUGCUGGUGGUGGCGGAGGAAGAGGUGGAGGUCUUGGUGGUGGACAUGGAAUUGGUGGGGGAGUUGGAAUUGGUAUCGGUAUUGGAGUUGGAGUUGGUGUUGGAGGUGGAUCCGGCACUGGUUCUGGAACGGGUGUAGGAGUCGGAAAUGGCGGUGGUGGUGGCAGCCGUUAA